AUUCACAAAGCUACACUCCUGAAGACACCUUGCACAUUCUGAGAUAAUCGUUCCAGUCGGCGGCUAGACCAAUCACUACCCCGGUUGUGCCUGACAAAGUGACAUGAUCCCAUCCAUGCAUCAAAUGCGGGGUAACACAAAGGAGGCCGGGGGGGUGUCAACAAAGCACAUAAUCCGACCACGCCCCGACCACCUUCUCUUCUCUUCCCUCGUCAUCGUCGCAAGCUCUCCAACAGACGCGCCAUCACUCUCACUCUCCCUACCUUUCGCAAGUUCGACUGAAUUUCCUCUACUUCCUCAUUUCCUCCCAUCCGCGCGAACCCUCCAACCAAUCACAAAUGCCAAGCUCAGCAGCCUCUAUGAUACGGUACACCCACGCCCGUCAGCCGCCGACCACCAACAUCGUCAAAUACCACUUCCCCAAGCAUCUGCUCCCAUGCUUUCGGACCGCCACCCUCCCGACCAUCAUGUCUCUCGCCUAUCGCGCGGCCAGUGCCGAGGGACAAUAUCCUAAGGCCAUCCUAAUCAGAUCCUCCAUCCACCUCACGCGGUACCAAAAAAGGGGCCGCACCAAACAGCUCCGGAACACCUGGCACAUGACCAUCUGCUACAAGAACACGACCCACCUGGCCAAGGGCUCGCACAUGACGGCGCAUGUCUACGUGAAGCACAAGCAUCACCCGGUGUUCCUGCGCGCCAAUUACGCCGCCGAGAAACCGGAUACGGCGAAGGAGGCGUCGGGGCGGCCAGUCUGGGGAUCCGUGGAGAGCUCGCGGUAUCUGACGCGCGAAGUCGCGUAUGGGUACCUUCCACAACAACGGGAGCUGGGGCUGUCGGGGGGGUGUGGCUGGGCGUAUGGAUCUCGUGAGAAGAGGCAACCUUGGCAAGGGCGAGGAGGGCUGAUUCGUUUUGUCUUGGUCCGCGAAAAGGAGGAUCUCAAAGAAUCAUAG